AUGGGUUGUUGCUUUCCAAAACGAGAUCCACCAAAAUCAGAUUCGAAAACAAGUUCAAUAGAUUUACCUCCUGUAAAAAAUGGAAGUUUCAAUGAUGAUAAAGCUCGUAAAAAAUCUGCAUAUGGAAUUGACAAAGUUUAUGUUGCUAUAUAUGAUUAUGAUGCACGUACAGAUGAAGAUCUUACAUUUCGUGUUGGAGAUUUAUUAGCUAUUAUUGAUGAUAGUCAAACUGAAUGGUGGCUUGCUCGACAUUAUCAAACUGGUUUAAAAGGAUAUAUUCCAGCUCUUUACGUUGCACCACAUGGUGGUCUUGAUGUCAAUGAAUGGUUUCAUAAAAAUGUUCUUCGAAAAGAGGCUGAACGAGUUUUAUUAAACCCAAUAAAUCCACGUGGAACAUUUCUUGUUCGAAAUUCAGAAAAUGCUCCUGGUCCAUACUCUUUAUCUGUUCGUGAUUUUGAUGAACAACGUGGUUCACAUGUAAAGCAUUAUAAAAUUCGUUUUACUGAUCCAAGUAUUGGUUAUUAUAUUGCUGCACGUCGUACAUUUGCUUCUCUAGAAGAAUUAAUUGAUUAUUAUACAAAAAAUUCUGAUGGUCUUUGUUGUCAAUUAACACGGCCAUGUCCGAGACCAAAACCAACAACAUCAACUAUAUCAAAAGAUGUUUGGGAAGUACCAAGAGAUUCUCUUCAAUUUGUUAAAAAACUUGGUCAAGGAAUGUUUGGUGAAGUAUGGGCUGGAAAAUGGAAUCAUAAAAUUGAUGUUGCAAUAAAAACAAUGAAAGCUGGUACUAUGUCAACACAAGCCUUUGUUGAUGAAGCGAAUAUUAUGAAAAAAUUACGUCAUGAUAAACUUGUACAAUUAUAUGCUGUUUGUACAGAACCACCAGAUCAACCGAUUUAUAUUGUUACUGAACUUAUGUGCAAUGGUAGUUUAUUAGAUUAUCUUCGUGAUGGACCUGGACGAGAACUUAAAUUACCAGCACUUGUUGAUAUGGCUUCACAGAUUGCUUUUGGAAUGGCUUAUUUAGAACAUGAACAUUAUAUUCAUCGUGACUUAGCUGCUCGAAAUGUUCUUGUUGGAGAGAAUGGUGUUGCUAAAAUUGCUGAUUUUGGUUUAGCUCGUAUUAUUAAUGAAGAUCAAUAUGUAGCUCGAGCUGGAGCGAAAUUUCCAAUAAAAUGGACAGCUCCAGAAGCAGCUAUUUAUGGUAAAUUUACAAUUAAAUCAGAUGUAUGGUCAUAUGGUAUCUUACUCUACGAACUUAUUACAUAUGGUCAAGUACCAUAUCCAGGUAUGGCUAAUCGAGAAGUUCUUGACCAAAUUCAACGUGGCUAUCGAAUGCCUCGUCAUGAAAAUUGUCCAGAAAAAAUUUAUGAUUAUAUGUUGCGUUGUUGGGAUGCAUCACCCGAUAAUCGACCGACAUUUGAACAUUUACAUUUAUUCUUUGAUGAUUAUACAACUUCAGCUGGUCCACAAUAUCAUAGCCAAAAUUAA